ACUCCAGGGAAGUAGACAAUGCAAGGUCAAUUUCUAAAAUAACUGAAUUUCUUCGAGACUUUAGACAUGCAUGCAGCCAGGCUGACCAAAGUUGUGGAAGAAGCACAAAUAAUGAAUGACAACAAAUUGUCUGAAUUUGAAAAGAAGUUUGAGGAAUGUGCCACGAAUGGAGAGAAGCAAAUGCUACAAAAGGUGGCAGAACUGCUUGCAUUUUCAAGUGCUAGGAAGAAAAAACUGGUCCAAAUGGCAGUCCAUGAUCUCCGGGAUAAUGCGUCCAGCAAAACAAGUGAGCUACAGAAAGAAAUGUCUACCAUGCAAGAGUACACUGUUGUUAAAACGGAGUGGAAUAUUCACAUGGAAAACACAGAAUCCCAUUACAUUGAAGAUACUUCUGCUGUCGAAAGCGGAAAGAAAGAUAUGCAAGAGGUUCUUCAAAACUGCAUGAAGAAAGCAAAGAUGAGCGCUCAACAAUGGAGGAAUGCUCAGGAAUCCGUUCUUAGUUUAGAAAAGAGAAAUGUUGAUUCCGUGGAUUCCAUUGUUAGGGGAGGGAUGGAAGCCAAUCAAAUUCUCCGAUAUCAGUUUUCCGGUGCCCUGUCCACUGCUCUUGAAGAUGUAGACACUGCAAACAACAGCUGUCUAACAUCCAUUGAUCAUUCAUUACAACUUGAUCACGGAGCAUGCUGGAACAUGAAUUCCAUGAUCAUUCCUUGUUGUGAGGGAUUGAGGGAACUGAAGGGUGGUCACUACCACUUGACAGUAGAAAUCUCAGAGAAUUCUGGGAAAUGCCUGGAGGAGGAAUACAUGGUGGACAACCCAUCGUGUACAAUACCGAGGAAGAGGGCAUUUAACUCACCGAGCAUGUCAUCGAUGGAGGAACUCAAAACUCCUCCAUUUGAGGAACUAUUGAAGCUGUUUUGGGAAGCAAAAACAGAAAAAUUAGGCAAUGGAGAUGUAAAACACAUUGGGGGAAUAUGA